AUGUGUUUCUCCUCUGUAGUUUUAUUUGUGGAUCGUCUCUCUACAGAAGUAGAGUAUUUUGCUUCAACGGAAGAUGCAGUCGGAAGGUCAAGUCUAUCGCCGAUCCAAAAAUGCACUGCAGCAAUUCGUCAAUUAGCAUAUGGUGGUGGGGCUGAUACGGUAGACGAAUAUGUCAGACUUGGUGAAACAACAGCUCGAAAACGCUUGCACAAAUUCACUGCCGGAAUUAUCCACUUGUUUGGCGAUCAAUACCUAAGACGUCCAACUGCGGAGGAUCUUGAACGACUACUACAUAUCGGAGAACAACGUGGAUUUCCCGGGAUGAUUGGAAGCAUCGACUGUAUGCAUUGGGAGUGGAAGAAUUGCCCCAACACUUGGAAAGGUAUGUUUUCACGAGGAACCGAUAAACCAACAAUUGUGUUGGAGGCCGUAGCUUCUUAUGAUCUCUGGAUAUGGCACGCAUUUUUUGGAGCACCAGGUACUAUGAACGAUCUUAAUAUUCUUGAUCGAUCACCGGUUUUUGAUGACAUUAUUAACGGAGUUGCUCCGGAAGUAAACUUCAAUGUCAACGGAAGGGAGUACAAAUACGCCUACUAUCUCACAAAUGGUAUUUAUCCGGAAUGGGCGACAUUUAUUAAAUCUAUCCGACUACCACAGGGUCCAAAACAUUCUUUAUUUGCUCAAACCCAAGAAUCAGUCCGAAAAGAUGUUGAGCGUGCCUUUGGAGUUCUGCAAGCUAGAUUCGCCGUUAUUAAACAUCAUUCUAAGUUAUGGGACAAAUCUAAAAUAGCAAAUAUUAUGAGAGCAUGUAUCAUACUCCAUAAUAUGAUUGUCGAAGAUGAACGACGUACACAGAGUCAAGAUGAGACGUUUCACAAUGAGGAUAUUUCUUUCUGCGUCAAAGCGCCUUCUCUGGUUUUCAAUCCACUUGAUCGUCGACCAGAAGUUCAUGAUGACCAAGUCCAUAGACAAUUAAAACUUGAUUUGAUCGAAAAUAUAUGGGAUCAAUUUGGGUUUGAAAACUAG